UGCACUAACACAAUCAACUACUAAAGGUUCGGUUACGGCGGAAGAGGACGUAUUGUUUGCGUGUUUAUUUCUUUAGGUGGCCACUUGAAGCAAACCAAAAACAUCAAAAUGGUGAAACAGAAUAUCAAUCUCCAGGGAUUUGUCUCAAAGCUCUGGACUUUGGUUGAUAAUUCAGACACCAAUGAUACUAUUUGUUGGAGCUUGAAUGGAAUGAAUUUCAGAAUCAUCGAUGAACAGAAAUUCACUGAGGAAAUCCUUCCCAGAUACUUCAAACACAAUAACCUGUCUAGUUUUGUACGACAGCUCAACAUGUAUGGAUUUCGAAAGUUGAUAAACAUUGAAGGUGGUCUGGUUAAAUCAAAAAAACAAAAUGUACUUGAAUUUCAUCACCCUUGUUUUCAGCAAGGCAAAGCAGAUCUACUGGAGUUUAUCAAGCGUAAGGUGUCCUCUGUAAGAACAGAAGAUACCAAGAUAAGCCAUGAAGACAUGUACAAAGUACUGGAAAAUGUGCAGCAAAUGAAAGAUAAACAAGGAGACAUGGAUCAAAAGCUCCAAAAUAUAAAGAGAGAAAAUGAAACUUUAUGGAAAGAGGUUGCAUCACUACGAAGAAAGCACAAUCAACAGCAGAAAACACUUGCCAAGGUGAUUCAGUUCAUACUAAGCCUUGUGCAAGGAAACUGUGUUGUUGGAUUCCAAAGAAAAAGACCACUGAUGAUAGAUUUGUCAGAAGCACCACCUGCAAAAUGCAGUAGAGACUUUGUUCUGAAAAGAAAGGAAAACACAGUCCCAGUGACACAGACAAACAAUAAUGAAUUUAAAGCCUCAUCUUCAAGUGGUAUAAGGAUUGUGGAAGUCACAAAUAAAGCCAAGCAAGCCCUAAGUGAUGAGAUAUUAGCAGCUGGCACAGAAGAAUCCACAACUGAGAGGGAUCUUCUGUCUGGUCCUGUAAUUUCUGAGACCUCUGGUCAUGACAUCUCUAAAUCCAUAGCAAUGGAAGACCCAGAAACAGUCGGCCAUUGUUCAAGCAAGAAUUCUGCACCUUUUGAUGUCUGGGAGGAAGCCGCACCAUCCGAAACAAAAGAAAGUGCCAGCAACUUGCAAGACGGCAGCUUAGAUUCUAUCAUGACAGAAGAAAACGCUUCUGUGGCACCUCCUCAAAGCAAAGUAGUAAUUAACAAGAAUGAUAUUCAGGACUUCACAGAUGGCAUUGAUUCCAACUUUGAAGAUUUGCAGACAUUGCUUGCAGGAACGCAAUUCAACAUAAAGCCUGAAUUCAUCAGUGAUCUUUUUAAUCCAGACCUAUCUGCUAUAGAUAUAAACAUGCCAGAGAACAUUCUUAACGUGACACCUGUAUCAGACUGGAAUGAGAGCACCUUUGAUGCACAGGGAUCAAAUGAUACGCCAGGAAGCACUGAAGCAAAUCAAGUGCUCCGGUACACACCAAGUAAGUUCCUGAGUGUGUUGGACGAAUUGUGCAGCAACUUAGAACCUGAGGAGGGAAAGAAAAACGAAGUGGUCCCAUAUGUACCGGAUAAUUUCCUGAGUAUAUUGGAUGAACUGUGCAAUGAUUUACACUCCAAGAAAGAAAGUAGUGAAAAUACUUAUUCUCUCUCUGGUGAUGAGUCAUUGGUUCCAGUAGUACCCCAGUUAGUUAAUGAGGAGCCAAUCUUCCAAACCCAUGAAGGAAGUUCAGCAUUUCCAGAAGAGGUCGAUACAAAUUACAGCUUGGAAUUAAAAACAGAAGAUGCAACAGGUGCAAUUGAUCUCAGCACAACUUUGCCAGAGGAUGUUUUGAGUCUUUGACUAUUGUUAACUGCAGUAACUCGCCAUGGAGUUUGGAAAAGGGACUACAAAAUAUCUACGUUUAACUUCCAUUGCUCCUCAGCUACAGUACCAAGUCAAUUCAAGAUAAUAUACUGAAAGAUACUUGAUGAUUUACAUUUUCCCAUUUCAGAGAUUGCUCUUUGUUCUGUUCCUUACCUACCCUGUGUUUUGCAUCUCAGACUUGGUCAAGUGUAGACUUUUGUUUUAAGGUAGUUAAAACAUUUUAUAUGCAAGUAUAAAUACAAUAAAACAUAUUUUUAGUGAGAUCACCUCUUUUGAUAUACAGUAACUUUUCAGUUUUAGUAAAGCUUUUUAUGCCAGAUACUGUUGGGACAAUUGUGCAGAGAAUGAUGUGGUUAGCCCUUUUGACUUGUGGAAGAGUAUAUCCUUAUAAGAACAUUAAAUCUGAUCAUUUGUGAUCCAGGAGUGUAUUUGUCAACAAGACCGAGCUCCAGUACUCUUGUGUUUUCAAUUUACAACAAUUUGACUUCUCUCUAGGUUUUGUGAUAGAUUUGUCAUCUCUGACAAAAAGUUUUGGAGUCCCUAAAUGAUAUUAAAUUUUCAGCUUUGUCAUGUUCUUCGGUAUCGUGUGUAACGGCCCCGGGGGUUUCCGCCCUUGCCGCUCCUGCCCUGCCUGUUCAUCACUCACUGCCUGGACAAGAACCCAGGUCUCCGGCGUCACGCAACAGGGAACUUGCCAGCUGAGCUAAAGCAGAACUCCCUCUGCCCAGGCAGCUGAGAUCCCUGUUAUAUGCAGGGGCGUAUUCGUUACACUUGACUGUAACUCUAGAUCAAAGGAUAUACAGUAUACAGUACAAGAUGUGUAUAUAUCAUUAUGUACAGUUUUAUUAUCUAGCAUCUGUGAUGAAGAAAAUAGAAUUGAGAUUUUUAAUGUUUGUAAACCAAUUAAAGUCUUGUAAUAUUUAUCUUAAAUGUUA